CGGUCUCUCUUGAUGUCGGAAAUCAUUUCUAGCCGCAAAAGUAUAUUUCGGUUAAUUAAAAUUUCAUCUUAAAUUUUUUCCUCGAUAUAUUAUACAUUUAUUAAUUCUGUGGGACCAAAAGGAAACUUAUUUUUGUGCACUGGAAAAUCUGCUGUCAUGCCUGCUGGUCAAAUUGCUUGUUUUUGCGCAGAAACUCUUAACAGGGUUUGUACGAUCCGUAAAAGUCCUUAGGUAUUUCGGAAUCAAUUUUUGCUACGUCUAGUUGUCCCGUGUCCUUCUGCAACUCAUUGAGCAUUUGAAGGAUCCUGCGUCAUGGCAGCUACAAGGCGGCUACAGAAAGAACUGCAGGAUAUCCGUAAAGCUAAUAUGAAAUGCUUCCGCGAUAUUCGCGUUGAUGACACUAAUAUUCUCAGCUGGCAGGGGUUGAUCGUGCCGGACUGUGCCCCAUAUAGCAAGGGCGCUUUCAGGAUAGAGAUCAACUUCCCAGCUGAGUAUCCAUUUAAACCUCCAAAAAUUCUUUUCCGUACCAAAAUAUACCAUCCAAAUAUUGAUGAGAAGGGUCAGGUUUGUUUACCCAUAAUAAGUGUUGAAAAUUGGAAACCAGCUACCAAAACUGAUCAAGUCAUUCAGGCUCUAGUGGCAUUGGUAAAUGAGCCAGAACCAGAACACCCUCUUCGAACAGAUCUGGCAGAAGAAUAUAGCAGGGACAGGAAGAAGUUUUUCAAGAAUGCUGAAGACUUCACAAAGAAAUUUUCUGAAAAGCGACCAUCUGAUUAAAAACACUUUUCAAUACACACACACACACAUAUAUAUAUAUAUAUUAGGAUAUGCAACAAAUGAACUGAUUUAUCCAUGUGAUUUACUAUAUUUAAUUUUUUGUUACUUACAAAUAUCAUUUUGAGUGAUUGCAUUUUGAUUUUUUAAUUUCCUAUAUUAUUUAAUUCAGUUCUAUUUGUUGUGCCAUUUUUUUCUUUUGUAAUGCUUAACUUAGUAUUUGGUGGGUCUUUGGAACACACGUACAGUUGUUAGAAAUCUUUUGUUCCUGCUUUUAAAAAGCAUAGAUUUCUUAGACUUUGAAAAUGGUUGCAUCAAACAAUUUAUAUAAUUUAAAUUUUUGUUUGAAUGGAAAACAAGUUUUAAAGCACUCAGGUUCAGUGUUAUAUAAAAGUGAAUUUUUCUUUGCAUGUCAUCAACAUAAAUAAAUAUGUACUUUUAGUUCAAUUUUAAUGAAAAACUAGAUAUAUUGCUAUAUUUUCAAAGAUUAAUAAGAAAUAAGAACAUUCAAUUUCAUUAUUUUGCUUUUUUCCUUUUCAUGUUCUUUUUAUUAACUUUGAACUGUGGUUUUUAAUUAAUAUUUUGAACUACAUUUUUAUAAUGCAGGUAAUUUUGUAGAAAUACAAUGCCACCUUUUUUUUAUUAUUAUUUUUUUAAAGCUAGAUGCCAUUUUUCAACUUGCCGAAAUUUAUACUAAAUUUUUGGUUGACCUAGUCAUUUAGCUGUGCUAGUUAGUGUUCUGUUUCAGAUUAUUUUUUGAUACUCAAAGCAUAAGAUUGAAGAAAUGUAUCAAUCUCUUCCUUCAGAGAUCUGUGAUUGUAAUUGUUUGUAUUUUUAAAUUAUAACUUAAGGCAGGAGUGUGAAUUGGAUUUACAAUAAUUAGUUUUGUAGAUACAAUAAUUGAGAAAAAAAGAUUUCACUUUUGAAAAAUUGUAACAUAUCGUGGAAAAUUAAGUACUGUCUGUUUUAUAGAUUAAUAAAGUACUAUGUUUCUUUGUCCAUCACUUCUCCUUAUACUGGUAAAAUUUAUAUACAAUGUAUUUCAAUAUAAUUGAAUAAAAUUGUUCUCAAUAGUAAA